GCUGUCCUUGGGCUACGGGCAAGCGAGAUCGGAAACAUUACUGUUCGAUAGCAAUCACGUACUCUCCUUUCAGCUGUCUUCAGGAUUUCUCAAUAUUUAAAGCCUCUCCGAAUUAGUUUGCUGCUAAGAUAUUCGCCACUCGCCUCAUUCAAACCUCGCCUGGAAACUUCAAUUUAGACGCUCAGAUUCAAAGAUGGGACAAAAUUACAAAAGAAUCGCCGAAAUAGCUCUCAAGCGUCGUGAAGCAGCAAUUCCUGAUGAAUACUUGCUUCCUAAAGCAGCGCUCACUAACCUCCCACAAAAUCUCACAACCAUUCCUAGGACCUCGGGACACUUUACAACAGCCGAGCUAGAGAUCAUCGAAUCGAACGCAGAAGAUAUUCUCCUCAAGAUCAAGGAGAGAAAAUGGACGUCAUUGGAAGUUACCAAAGCGUUUUGCAAAGCCGCAAUUGUAGCUCAGCAAUUAACAAAUUGCUUGACGGAGAUCCUCUUCCCGGAGGCUCUUUCCCGCGCCAAGUUUCUUGAUGAGCACCUUGAACGGACUGGUCGGGUGAUAGGGGCUCUUCACGGCCUCCCGAUCUCCCUUAAAGACUGCAUGAUCACGCCGCCCCACCCAUCAUCUAUCGGAAUGGCUUGUUAUGCCAAUGAACCUACCAAGCCAAACGAGGAGACUGUUCUUGUAGGGAUUCUGGCAAAAUUAGGGGCUGUAUUUUAUGUCAAGACGACAACACCAACCGCAAUGAUGAUGAUGGAGACGAUCAGCAAUGUUUGGGGGGAGACGAAUGGCGCGUACCACAGUGGGACGAGCUCAGGGGGUAGCACCGGUGGUGAGGGAGUUCUGUUGGCGAUGAGGGGCAGUCCUUUGGGUGUUGGUACGGAUAUUGGGGGAAGCAUCAGAAUUCCCAGUGCCUUCAAUGGGCUUUAUGGGUUGAAGCCAACCUUUGGGCGAUUCCCAGUUUACGGAACGAAGUCCGGCAUUAGUGGACAAGAUUUUAUCUAUUCGAAUAACGGGCCAAUGGCUAGGUCCCUCGAGAUCCUCAAGCUGUACUGUAGAGCUGUUAUCUCGACAGAAGCAUCUCCUUGGACUUUAGACCCGAAAUGCUACCCAGUUCCAUGGAGGGGAGAUGUUAUUGAGCCGAAAGGACAAAAAUUACGAUUUGGUAUGGUUUUUGACAACGACGGAGAUAUUUCGGUCCACCCGCCGAUCCUUCGUGGUCUUGAAAUGACCAAGAAGGCAUUGGAAGCGGCAGGGCAUGAAGUUUUCGACUGGGAGCCGUUGCACCAUCAAGAGAUGGCUAAUGAUAUGAAUUCUUCAUUCUAUACACUUGGAGGAGCUGCGAUCCUUGAGUUAACUUUGAAGCAUGAUGAGCCAGUCUUCGAGUCGAUGAAGGAAUAUGAGGCUACUUACAAAAAAGGAGAGCAUGGAACUCUGGGUCCCACGAAAUUAAGGGAGAUGAUUACAAAAAGAAACGCAUUCCAGAAAAUCUACUUGGAUCGCUGGUCUGCUACUGCCAAAAAUGGGAAAGGGCCUAUGGAUGGGAUUAUUACUCCUGUAUCACCAUGGACUGCCCCCAGGCUGGGGAUUACUCAAAAACUGUUCAGCGUGAACUACACCGGCGUCUGGAAUCUUCUGGAUUACCCAGUUUGUACAUUCCCAGUGACGUUUGCAGAUAAGAAUCUUGACAAGGUAAGGAGUACGUUCAAACCGCUGAAUGAGAAGGAUGCUGGCAUACAGGCGGACUAUGAUCCGGAGUUCUAUGAUGGAACUCCGGUGGUCCUUCAAUGUGUUGGGAGGAGGUUGGAAGAUGAGAAAGUAUUAGAAAUGACUGGUGUUAUUGCUGGGGCUCUUAACGCUCUUUCUUGAUUGCAAAAGUCCUUGUACAGAGAAAGAUAUUAGACAUAGAUGAUGAAUCGAUUGAGAGAAAUUAGCUGAACCUUGGCAGGAUUUCUCGGGCUAUACAAAGUGCAAUUCAAGGAGAAAGAAGGUC